AUGGUAUUAUUUAGAGUCUUUUCUCUAUUAAUCACCUUCAGCGUUUUCAUUUCAGCAGAUAUCACAAUUUAUCGCCCAAGAACUCUAAAAGACAGUAUUGUUCAAAGAUACGAUAAAAAUUCAAUACCAAUCUCAAUUGCAAACUUUGGAAAUCCGCCAUAUGGAAGAAAAAUUAUAGGAAAAGUCUAUUUGCCAAAUGAAGGUGAAAGACUUGGCUGUCUCCCUUUCACAAACUUAACAGUCCAUCAGCCAGAAGAGUUCCAGGCAUCAUUCCUUAUAGUUGAAAUAGGCAGAUGUCCAAAUACACUUAAAGUAAAGCAUGCCCAAGAAAUCGGGGUUAAUUGUGUGAUUAUAGCAAAUAGCAUGGAUGGAGAUAUUAAUGAACAUGUUCUAAGUGACGAUGGGGUAGGUACAGACGUGAACAUCCCAAGUGCUCUUAUAACAAAGAGCGAUGGGCACGAUAUAAUAAAUGAGAUCAUUUCAGGCGAAAUAGUAGAAAUUGGGCUUGAGUUUUCAAUGAGAAAAUCAUAUCUCCAUGUCGAAUUAGGUCUAUGAAUGUCCAGUGACAAUUUGAAAAUUUUGGACUUUGUCUCGGAAUUGUAUGACACUAUAAAUGAAGUUGACUUCAGCCUUGUUACAUUUUCUCCAAAUUACGUACACUGGAGAUGUUCUGUAUGUGCUGAUAACAACUUCACAUCUCCAGUCGAUAACUGCUUAAGUGGUGGCAGAUACUGCGCAGCAGACCCUGACGGUCUCGGACCACUUACAGGAAAAAGCAUUGUAGCUGAAGAUUUAAGACAAAAAUGCUUAUGGAUGACAUCAGAGGCAAAAGGAUCCCACAAAGUAUGGUUUAAAUACAUGUCUCUCUUCAGGAAAAGGUGUAUAUCAUCAUUUACAGAAGAAUGCUCAAAAAAAAUUAUUAAUGAGAUUGGGAUGGAUUAUAAAGAUAUCGAUAAAUGCAUAAAAGAUUCAACUGAAGGAGGCAAAAAUGUAACAAUGGACGAUAAUAGUAUUUUAAGGCAAGAAAGGAGGAAGUGGAAGCACUCUGGAGUGCAGUUUUACCCUGCUAUUGUGAUUAAUAAUCAAACGUACAUGGGAAAUUGGGAUAGCAAAGACGUCCUUGAUGCAAUUUGUUCAGCUUUUGAAGAAACGCCUCAGAGCUGCUUUGAUAAUGGAUAUGGAAGUGAUUGGCCAGAAAAUCAGUAUAUGGUUUCUAUGACCACUUUGAUAAUGAUACUGCUUGGGUUCUUCUGCUUAUUAAUAUUUGCUUUGCUGUAUUACAGACUAAGAGCUAGGAGCCAGAUGAAACAAGAAAUGAGGAGACAAAUCAACCAAGCAGUCACGCAAUAUUUCGCACUGCAAGAUAUUAAUACCUCAUAA